AUGGUUCGAAUAAAGGAGCGAUAUCUGCUCGUCAACAUCAUCUACCCACCCGACGCCACAAAAUCCCCUGCUGCCAAAGUCCCCGAUUUCGUAGUCCAGCAUCAACCUACCGUCGAGAGAGUGACGCCGCGAGCUUUGCUCGAGGCGAUUAGAGCCCAAAUUGGGCUUUUGUUUGGCGAUUCAGGUCUAGGCGCGUUGGAAGGAAACUUAUCCGUGAAAUAUUUAUCCCUGGCCACAUCUACAUUUAUUCUGCGUUGCCACAGAGCUCACUACCAGAUACUCUGGUCGGCUUUGACGUGUAUGGACCAUGUUCCCGCCAAGGAUGGACGGCCAUGCAUUUUUCGCGUGGUGCGAGUGAGUGGUACUAUUCGCAAGGCGGAGGAAGAGGCCAUUCGCCAGGCACGACGGCUUAUUCUCGUGGCCAAGGAGCAGGCAUCGUCAGGGUUGCAAAUUUCCCAGACUCUACGGUUUCAGCAAGAUGAAUCUGUGCUGGAGGUUGUGGACGAUGGCUCAGACUUGGACAAUGCCACGAAUGAGGAUGAAGUGUGA